CCGGCCGGCGUCCCUCGGGUUUGGCGCGCUUUCUUCCCGGGGUUCCCCCCACCAAUCCCUGUGGAGGCGGGAGAUGCCUUCGCCGCUCGCCCGGUGCAGUGCCGGACUCCCGCGUUGGCAGAGAAGCAUGCUGUGUAGACCACUAGGCCUGUAGCCCCUCCAUAGACCAUGUUCUCAGAGCAAGCUGCCCAAUCGGCUCAGAGUCUCCUGACCUCACCAUCUGCAGUGGCUUCUACCUUUGACCGCGUGCCUAUCUCCACAUAUUCCAACUGCUCCCAGAACUUCAGGCUUGGGGAGCGGACUUUCAAUCGACAGUAUGCCCACAUCUAUGCCACACGCCUCAUUCAGAUGAGACCGUUGUUGGUUGAAAGAAUCCGAGGCAAAUGGGGGAACAACGUUACCGUGAAGAAACUCUGUGAGCUGCAGCUGGCAGAGAAAUGCUGUGUGGUGGGGACGCUCUUCAAAUCUAUGCAGCUUCAACCUUCCAUCCUGCGGGAAAUCAGCGAAGAGCACAAUCUGCCACCACAGCCUCCCCGCACCAAGUAUAUCCACCAAUCAGAUGAGCUGAUCUUGGAAGACGAGCUGCAGCGAAUUAAACUGGAGGGAGCAAUUCAAACUGACAAGCUGGUGACAGGAACCAUCCUCGCUGUCUACGGCUCGGAGACGGAUGAUGGCAGAUUCCUUGUUGAGGAUCACUGCUUUGCAGAUAUGCCCACCCAGCUGCCCAUGAUGGGGCCCAGCACAGACAGGUUUGUCCUGCUGGUGUCUGGCCUUGGCCUUGGCGGCAAGAGUGGAGAGAGUCUUCUGGGCAUGCAGCUCCUGGUGGACAUGGUGACGGGGCAGCUGGGAGCCGAGGGAGAGCAGUGCAGCGCAUCUCUCAUCUCCCGUGUCGUUCUGGCAGGCAAUUUGCUCAGCCAGAAUACCCAGAGCAGAGACGCCAUGAACAAGGCAAAGUACCUGACCAAGAAGACUCAGGCUGCCAGCGUGGAAGCUGUGAAACUGCUGGAUGAAAUCCUGCUGCAGUUGAGCAUGUCUGUACCUGUAGAUGUGAUGCCUGGUGAGUUUGAUCCCACAAACUACACGCUGCCUCAACAGCCGCUGCAUCGCUGCAUGUUUCCCCUCUCGAGCGCCUACUCCACGCUGCAGCUGGUGACCAACCCCUACCAGGCCAACAUCGAUGGCAUCAGGUUUUUAGGGACUUCGGGCCAGAACAUCAGUGACAUCUUCAAGUAUAGCAGCAUGUCUGACUAUCUAGAAAUCCUGGAGUGGACCUUACGGAUUGGGCAUCUCAGCCCCACAGCCCCAGACACACUUGGCUGUUACCCAUUUUACAAGACUGACCCCUUCAUCUUCACCGACUGCCCUCACGUCUAUUUCUGUGGGAAUGCACCGUCCUUCAAAUCCAAGGUUGCUGAAGGUGCUAACGGUCAGAAGGUCUUGCUGGUGACCCUCCCUGAUUUUGCCACCACACAGACUGCUUGCUUGAUCAAUCUACGUGACCUCACCUGCCAACCAGUCAGUUUCUCUGCCUUUGGUGCCAAUGAGGAGGAGGACGAGGACGAGACAGUAAUAGACACUGGACACUGACAGACAUGUCUGAUAUCUUACUUCUUCCCUGGAGCUUGGAGCCAUUGUUGUCCCCCGCUCAAUGAAAUUUCCUGGAUAUUUGAACCUAUGGUUCGUACAGAGGAAUACAGUGAAAGAUAUCAUCCAUUUACUUGGUUGUGAAUUCCCUGCAAUUUUUUCAUACACAAAUAAAUGCAGAACUCG